UCAGAUGCGCUCUGCAUACACGCGCAAGAAGCAACAGUCAUACAGCAAAAGGCGAAAAGCAGUACAUGACCGUACCUUUCGUUUCCGAUCGUUUCCGUCCCCUCUGUUUGUCCACGCCUCCCGACGUACCACUGACAGACAGGGGAAAACCAGACGCAAAAAGAUGGUCACACCUGUCUCCCGAUCAUGGAUGAGGAGCCUCACUAUUCUUGAUCGUCCUCGAAUGCAGCCGGACCACCAUUCCGAUGCAGCUCGGGGGGUCGAGUGACCUGUCUGUUUCGAUUCUGGUUCUCCUCAUUCUUCUCAUUGUUUUCCUCUCCUCGCACGCUGUCUUGCACACCUCCCAAUGCGGCCCUGACAGACACACAGACACACAGAGAAGAUGACAUGUCCACGAUUGUGGCGCUCGCUCGUCUUACCUGUCUGGAGUGUCGGAAACCGCUUUCUCGACUGCUGCACCGCCGUCGGCGGCCGCAUGCGCGUCGGAUUGCUGUUCGCCUGGUGGGUGAUGGCCGAGCGGAUCUGGUGUGUCUACCUGUGGUGCUGACGAGGAACCCUGAACCGUGGGAAAGCCAGCAAUGAUGGGUGCAUCUGAUCCUGUGCGCUGCAUCAUUGUACCUGUGCUCUAGCUUUCCGCUCUUCAUAUCGCUUCUUGACAGCCUUCGCCCACGUGUCACUGCCCUGAUCGCCACACACAUACACACACACAAACACACACAGGAACUGAGAGGGGGCAGCCUCGCUCUUAGCUAACUCUCGCUGACCUUGAAGCCAGAUACUUGAAGACGCGAAGCGAUCUCCUUGCCCUCCUCCCAUAUGUCAGCUGGUCCGAUGCUCGCCACAUCCUCUUGGCCAUCCAUCCACUGAAAAAUCUCCUCCUCAAUUGACUGAAAACGGGGCUUCCGAUUCCGCAUCUUGUUCCCAGGCGGCGGCGUUUCGCCUGACUCUCGCUGGUCCUUGACCGCCUUGUAGAUGUCCCUGAAGCGCUCAUAACCCAAUCCACACUCCACUCCAUAUCUUCUUUUGGAAAUCCCCUCUUCUUUCUGUCGAUGCUCAAAUUCAUCGACGAGCUCCUCAGAGACCACGUCAGCUCGCCGCCCCGAGCAGCUCUCGUGCUGGCUGCAUCACUGCUCGGCGCGCCGAGUGGUGUUGGAAGCGGUGAAAGCGAUGCGGCCGAUGCAUCGGCGAGUGGAGAUUGGUGGUGGAGUGGAGGCGGGCGUCCAGCCGGCGAGGAAGGAGAGAGAGCGAGGGGGCCAGCCACAGCGGCCUGGGCGGCAAGAAGUAGGUAAUGCAGCAAGACGUCUGUGGGCAACGCUGGCUGAGUGCCUUACCUUUGAGCCACGAUCGGCUCCUUCGCCGCUCAACACUGCCAUCAGUGAUCGAACCUGCACCACCAGGCUCACCCUCCCCACCACCCUCUCCCCCAUGCUGCUGUUGCUGCUGCUGCUGCCGGUGUCGUGAGAAAGGCUCGUGGGACGCCUGCUGCUUCGCUGG